UGAGAGAGAGAGAGAGAGAGAGAGAGAGGGGAAGUCUCCACAAAAAAAGGAAAAAAGCAGACGUUCCAUGUGGCUGUUUGAGGGUGUGAUCUAGUUAUGGAGGGAGACAAAAUCGCAGCUCUAAAGAGGUCGUUUGAGGUGGAGGACGUUGACCCGACGGCGCACCCCUCCCCGCACGGUCGGCGAACGCCCAACCUUCGCGCGGCCGUGACCUCUCCCAGCCAGCGCUACCAGGAGCUGGGCGCGCGAAACUCUGACCUGAGCGCCAACCAGCGCUCGCCCAAACCCAGCCAAGGGCCGGGCGGCCGCACCCCCGAGCCUGUGUCCCGCCGCACGGAGAUCUCCAUCGACAUCUCCUCCAAGCAGGUGGACAGCUCCCCCAGCCCCGGCAUCUCCCGCUUCGGCCUGAAGAGGCCCGAGGUCCAGGGCCACAGCAGGGCCCCCGAGCAGGCCCACCGGCGGCCUGAGCUCAGCCCCAACCGGGCCCAGGAGCCCCCGCCCGUCAGGAGGCCCGACCCCCCCGCCGCCUCCGUCUCCAGGAUCCCCGAGCCCAUCCACAGGAAGGCGGAGCCCACCAACUCGGGAGACGUCCCGUCCCGGCGUGUUGAGAUUACCGUCGCCAAGGCCCCUGAGGGCCCGGCUCCCGCCAAGCCGCCAGUGAACAGCCUCACCCCGGCCGUGCCCAGCGCCCACCACCCUCACAAAGCGCAGCCGCUGGGCUCGGACAUCCGCAUCCGGAGUCCUGACGGGUCAGAGGUCAUUCCCAGCUACACCAGCACCAUGUCAGAGCCCGCCAAGCCAGCCCAGGGCCCCCAGCCCCCCGUGCGCAGCGACAAGCCCGGCGCGGACUUCAGCUACGUGGGCAUCGAUGCCAUCCUGGAGCAGAUGAGGCGGAAGGCCAUGAAGCAGGGCUUCGAGCUCAACAUCAUGGUAGUGGGGCAGAGCGGUUUGGGGAAAUCCACCCUCAUGAACACCCUCUUCAAGUCCAAGGUGAGCCGCAAAUCUGUGCUGGCCACGGGAGAGGAGAGGAUCCCCCAGACUAUCGAGAUCAAGUCCAUCAGUCACGACAUCGAGGAAAAGGGCGUGAGGAUGAAAUUGACAGUAAUCGACACUCCCGGUUUUGGGGAUCAGAUCAACAAUGAAAACUGCUGGAAGCCCAUCAUGAAGUUCAUUAAUGACCAGUAUGAGCAGUACCUUCAGGAGGAGAUCAACAUCGAGAGGAAGAAGAGAAUCCCAGACUCGCGCGUUCACUGCUGUAUAUACUUCAUCCCCGCUACCGGCCACUGCCUCAGGCCCCUGGACGUGGAGUUCAUGAGACGCCUCAGUAAAGUGGUCAACAUCGUCCCUGUCAUCGCCAAGGCUGACACUUUAACUCUGGAAGAGAGAGACUUCUUCAAAAAGAAGAUCAGGGAGGAGUUGCGGACCAAUGGGAUUGAUGUUUACCCGCAGAAGGAGUUUGACGAGGAUGCGGAGGACAGGAUGAUCAAUGAGAAGAUCAGAGAGAUGAUCCCCUUCGCUGUGGUUGGGAGUGACCAGGAGUACCAGGUCAACGGGAAAAGGCUUCUGGGAAGGAAAACAAAGUGGGGCACCAUAGAAGUGGAGAACAUUGCACACUGUGAGUUCGCUUUUUUGCGGGACCUGCUUAUUAGAACCCACAUGCAGAACAUCAAGGACAUCACCAGCAACAUCCACUACGAGGUGUACCGCGUCCGCAGGCUGAACGAGACCAACAAACAGGCCAACGGAGUGUCCGAGGGCGAAGUUUUCCUCCCAUGAGAUGUAGACAUUCGCCCACUGUCGCUCCCACCCCCGCCCCCUGUUCUGCCUGCCAUGAACCCUCUCUCUCUGCCCUGACCGUCUGCCUGCCCUCACCACCUGCCUCCCAAUCCUGAACCCAACCUGCAAGAGGACAUCCGCAUGGUCAGCCUCAUGGGUUCUGGUCUCCUCCACUACCGCCCCCGAGUCAAACUAAGUCCCAGAGUCUGUACAUAAUCUAUUUUGCUUGACGACAGAGCCACCAACAACAAUAUUUUUAAAUUAUGCGGUUAAACCUUUUGUUCUAAUGGCUACGAGUUAAGAGUAAAACUUACUUACCAUUCCAGUGUCUCAUUGCCGACCCUAGAAAACAGUCUCCGGCAUGGCUGUAACUGUACCAAGGUUCCAGGGGCGCAGUGUUAGGGCAGGGCCAGUUGGACGAAGGCUGAGCUGGAAGGUGGUGUGGCUGUGGAUUAUGUGUCACUGUGCCCCUUUCAGCCAUUUUGUUGAAGGCUGCGUCCAUUUUGUUAUGUGCUGCAAUAAAAUCUAACCCUUGUUUUUGUACUUUCUAAUGCCAUAGAUUUAUAGUAAUAUUGUUUUUAAUCCAGCUUCCUUGUGCACUGAGCUAAAAAAAAAAACCUUUGUGUCAAAAGUGGGGAGGGUUGAAAUAAGGGGUACGUAGCGGUGGUGUGCCGGUAGUACAGGGGGACCUGGGCAGGCUUCCUGGUGUGAGCCUUCAGCUUCACUUACGCCACCGAAGCAGAGCAGCACACAGUGGAGAAGAGCACGUGGUGAACAGGCUAAAGGUGAAAGUAAAACAAAGAAGAAAAUGCAGAAAUAAAGACAAAACACAGGUUACAUUGUAUUGUGUUGUGUUGGGUAUUGUGUUAUGUGAAGAUAUGGGGGCCUAGGGAGGUGGGAGGGAGACUGGUGUGGCAUUUGCUUCCCCGCGUUUGUAUUUGUUCGGUUUUGUCUAGACGUUUUGCAGAACGUCUGCCAACGCCAUGUCCUUUUUAAUUGCCGUGUUUGCAUCAUGACAUUCAUACAGUACUCGACCCAUUUAUAGAGUGCGUUGUUGCCAUUGUUCUAAUUAUUGUUUAUUUUUAGUAGGAGGGGGGUGUAAGGAAUAGACACCCGUUUGUUUCAUAUGCUCUGCCUUAUAAAUAAUUUGUGUUCUUUCUGUUCUAAAGAGAAACAAAUAUAAGAUUUGAUUAAAAAAAGAAUUAAUAUUUAAGUGUGUUAAAGAUUAAAUGUAUACCUACUCUUUCAGUGUAGUUGGCGACACCCCCUGACUACUGCAUAUCAGGAAGUGUUUUCUUGCAGGUGUUCUGCAGUUUACAGACAAGUUUGCUAAAUUUAACCUUUGUCAAAGUGAAGUAUUGUGAAAAUAUGCAGUCUUAUAGUAUUCCUCCUUUUCCCCCCUUUGCAGUAGUGGUCUCCCCUGGGUGAUAUGUCUGUGCCUUCCCUAGUUUUGUUCCUUUAUUUAUUGGCAGCUGUCCACAAGCACAUUGACUAAACUGGAACCUGAGGCGCGCGGUGUAAUGAAGAGCGAACGCGCGGUAUCCGAGACGGCGGUUACAGCACCACAGACGGGCACUAGUGAAGCAGAACCCAAAUUCGCUGGUGUGUCAGGAAACGGCACAGCUGGGGCCAGCCGUUGGAACGACAGGACCACCCUCUAAAAAACAAUAAUCUCCAUUUCCCUCCCUGACAAGGUGAGGUCUGUCUGACAUGGUGGCAUAUGCCUGGCAGAUGUGUCCUCCUGUUACUGGUGCCAGCCAGGGCACCUGAUGCCGGGGCUGUGCUGCUCUCUCUCCCAUGACCGGGCGGUGCCGUAGCGGAGGCUGGCUUGGAUCGGCUCCGUGUCUCUCUGCCACAGCGAGGGUGGGAAGGACCAGAGGGCCCUGGCAGGCACCUACCUUCUUCAGGAGGGAAGCCUCUGAAAUGAGCAGAGCAGUUCCUCUCCGGUUAAGGUCGAGGUCCCUGAGUUUGGCGAGUUGUGCGUUCAGAGAAGCCGAUUGGCUUCCCGUGGCGAAUGAGAAAUCCGGGUGUUCCUGUGCUAUUCUUGGUGUCCUUAUUUUUAGGGAGUUGCACUGCAGUCAAUAAAGAUUAUGAGGAAAUUGUGAGAUGUUCUUCCCCUUCAGAUAAAACCUUUAUCACAAGAUGAAACCAGUGGGAGUGAAAUACUGAUGCUUGCCAGGAAGCCAGUGAAGAGUAGUAAUUACAUUUGUCUUUAAGCGGAAAUAUAAAAAUAAAACUAAAUGACAAUAGGAUUAUUCUUGUGUUUUGUGCUGUAUAUUCAUUGUGUCAAUCAUUUUUUUGUACUGGUAUAAAUAUUAAGAUUUAUCUUUGACAUGCUAUUUCAAAGAAAUAAAGAUUGCAAUUUGUAAUUGUU